AUGGGCACACCAUUCAUCUCGUUCCUCGGGCCUAGCAAGCUGGAGGGAUUCGAGCCCGGCAAACCACACAAUGAGCAACCCUCCACGAUACCAAAAGUCUUCAUAGACGCUAUGGAAGUCCGUGAAGAGGUGUUCGUCCGUGAGCAAAAUGUACCGCUGGAGAAUGAGCAAGACAGCGAUGACCCGCGAUCCUGUCACUGGGUCGUAUACGCCAGCGUCAACAAGACCGAAGAGACGGAGGUGCGAGAUGAAGACGGGAAUGUUAUUCAACCGCGGAAAAGCUCAACGCGGACUACACCUAUCGGCACUAUCCGCCUGGUUCCCUUUCCUCACGCUAAUCACCCCAAGGUUGGCGGCGAGUACUGGAACAACGAGUUGAAGAAUGGAAGUAAUGGUGGCACGCCUGAUAUCAGUUCCCCUUCAGCAACUACUGGCUCAGACCGACCCACUACCUUUCAUGACGGAAAAGAACCAUACGUCAAGCUGGGGCGGCUGGCUGUCGUCAAGGAAUAUAGGGGCAACGGCCUCUCUGGGCUUUUGAUUCAGACUGCCCUCUCGUGGCUCAAGUCUAACCCGUCGUUCUUUGACCCCAGCAUCACGGAGCUAGGUCUUGAGCAAAUGGGUGCGUCGACCGAAACAGAGAUACCCAAGUGGGGUGGUCUUGUUUGUGUCCAUGCCCAGGAGCAGGUUGUAGGGACGUGGGAAAAGUUGGGAUUUCGCGUGGACAAGGCGAUGGGGAGGUGGUGGGAAGAAGGAAUACCUCAUGUCGGCAUGUUUAAACGGCUUGAGAUAAGUCCAAAGGAGGUCCGGAUUUAG